AGUGACGUCUUGGAGUGGGGUCUGCCGGAAGUGAGCUCCAUGUGGACAGCAGUAUAAGGUGGAGGAGCAGAUUUCCCGAAUAGUAUUAAUAUGCUGUCACGACCCAAGCCUGGGGAGUCAGAAGAGGAUCUCAUUAACUUCCAGAACCAGUUCCUCGCUGCUGGAGCAACCGCGGCUGCCAAGGUUGUGCGAAAAGCGGAUAAGCGGAAAGGAUCUGCGGAGGGCAAUGGCGAGGCCGCGGAGGGGAGAGAUAUUGUGACACUUCAAGAAUUUCCCGAUUUACCCCCCAUUUUGACCCCUGGCCCGACCAAGAAAUCCAAGUUUGCUGAGCGGCGUGUUCAUUUUGCGGAUGAAGAUGCGGAGGACGUUUUGGAAACACACGAUGCCCAUAUUACAGCUAUCUUUUCUAAAAUCAUUGAGAGGGAUACCAGUCACGCCACCAUCACGGCCCCCAUGCCCACGGGAGAAGCCUUUCCACGGGUUUUUCACAGGUCGGAGAUUCCCGGUGAGGAUAUGCCAAAACCUGGGAAAAUGAGCAUCUUUGCUCAAAAAAUGGCUAUGAAGAAGGCAGCAGAAGCAGAAAAAUAUCCGCUCAGUGAAGCAGGUCCUUUAAACACAUCUUUCCCGUGUCCUGCAAAUACCUCGUCGGCGAACAAUGCACGGAAUCGUCCACCCGCAGGUGAAUUAAAUGUGGGUAAGCCUCGUCUGAUAACAGGAGAAGGUCUUCGAAGCUCGGCAGGUGAGACAGAAGCUCAGAGCAUUCAUCGUGAGAAUGUCGAGAGAUUAAAAGCUUUGUCUGAAGAGGAUAUAAAACAGGAACGAGAGAAGCUUAUUUCACAACUUGACCCCAAGUUGAUUGCUUUCCUUAACUCGAAAAAAGAGGGUAACGCAGCACAAUCGGAGUCCCGUGCCAGCCACACGUCAGAGGAGCCUUGCACGGUCGUUAAUAAACCACAAUCUCCAUCAGAAACAACAACUGAGCGAGUCCCAACACAGGAGGAAGAAAGACAAAUCCCGAUGUCAGUGGGUGACCUCCCUGUGAAGCCUCAGAAGGAGUGGGUUCAUAUGGAUUCUGUGGAGUUUGAAAAACUUGAAUGGAUGAAGGAUCUCUCGCAACUAAGACAAAAGAAAACCAAAAAGGGAAUGCAGGCAAGAUUCAACCUUAAAGGAGAGCUAAUUCCUCCACUUUCUGACAUCCCAACUCAUAUGGGCUUACACCAUCAUGGAGAAGAAGCCGAGAGAGCUGGAUAUUCCCUUCAGGAAUUGUUCCAUCUCUCCCGAAGCCACUUUAUCCAGCAGCGGACUCUGGCGCUUCAGGUCUUGGGUCGCAUUGUUCAAAAUGCUAAGGAUGGCCGGUUCACCUCAACGUUGGAAGGAAGCGUCCUGCGUCUGCUCCUUGAUGCCGGAUUCCUCUUUUUACUGCGCUUUUCUAUGGACGAUACCGUAGAUAAUGUCAUUGCAGCAUCAAUUCGUGCACUACGGUCUCUGCUGGUGUCACCAGAUGAUGAGGAAUAUCUAGACAUUACAUUAUCUUGGUACCAAGGAACUAAAGUUUUCCCUUUCCUACCCAUCCAAGAUGAGGAAGACGACAAUGACGAAGACGAUGAUGAGGAAGAAGAGGAUUCUGGAAAAACAGUUGGAGAAGAAGAAAGGAAAAUGUUAAAAGAAGAAAAGAAGUCGGACCCUGAUGUUGCCCGUUAUGACGCUGUGAAGGGCCUCCUGAAGACGAAACUGCUUCACCGGCUCCGAUAUAUCUUGGAAGUGGCGAGACCUGUGGCAGCUGUCGUUCUGGAUAUUUUAGAUAUUCUUACCCGUGUUGCCAGACACUCUGCCGGAGCGUGCACGCAGAUUCUGGAUUGUCCACGUCUGGUGGAGACCAUAGUGCAGGAGUUUCUGCCCAUACAGUGGAAUGUAGAGAUGGAGUCAGGUGACUUCCCACCCCUCAGCCUGCACGGGAUCCCAUGUUCAGCGGCCAUGAAACUUCUCAGAGUCUUGGCUUCGUCGGGCCGUCACGCCGCAGCUAGACUACUAAACACGUUUGACGUGAAGAGUCGUCUCAGCCGAUUCGCUGUGCAGGAUCCACGAGAUCUUCCUCUCCAGAGGUUGGAGGCAGAGAGGCUGAACAUUGAGACAUUCCGAAUGUGGGCCGUGUCUGCUGCCUAUGGCCAGGCGUGUGAUCUCUACAGGGAGCUCUACCCUGUCCUGGUGAGGAUUCUGCAGGCUAUACCCCGCUGUAUCAUCUCUUGUGAAGGAAACCACUCCUCAGCCGUUCCCAUUGUUCAGCGUGCCGCCGCCGUCGUUUUGUUGCUAUCCCACGUGACGCAGACCGCAGGCUGCACGGCUGAGCUGGAAGCACAGCUUAAAGUUUCCGCAGCAGACAUCGAGCAGCUGAUUCCUCCGCCUCCCGUAUCAUGGGAUCAUGUGACCGGACUCCUGCCCUUGGUGGAAGAAUGCCUCCGGCGAUGUAUGCAGGAGGUGUCUAAUCCUGGCAGGUGGGAGACUGUGCAGCCUCUUACAAUAACAGCCACCAAUUUCAUAGCAUCCUACUACCAAGCCGCUAGCCGACAGCCCUCUCUGAACCCCGUGACAUGUAAUGAAGAAAUAGAACGAUUGAGUACUGAUGUCCUAAUACCUUUCCUGCAUCAUCCCAGCACAGAGUCAAUGUGGGACCUUCUCAGGUCUUGCUCCGCAGUCUGUAACCCCCUGUCCUGCUCCCCCCUGCCUGAGUCUGUGCCCAGCAUCGUGACGUUAAGCUGCUCAGGGGGGAAGCCUCCUUUAAGUCUGGCUGGGAAAAAGUCUCCGUUUCCUGUCCUGACCUCUGUCCUGAAUCUUAUCUGUAGUAUCUGCAGCAUCCACAAAGGACUUAUCCCCAAGUUCUGCUUUAUCCUGGAAUACAGAGGGCUUGUGGACUACCUGUAUGACAGCUGUAAGGCUCCAUCUCCGGCCGUAACGCCUUCUUCCAACUGGCUGCUCCGACACGAGUAUCACCUGCAGUAUUUUGUUUUAUCGUUGCUGCAUAAAGUGAGAACGGCGAGUUCUGAUCGGUCCCAGAAUGCCUCACUCUGCCAUACUGUCGCCCUGACCUUGCUGAGCCGGCUCUUACCGGGAAGCGAACAUUUGGCUCACAAACUCAUUUCUGUAUUUGCCUUCAACGUAGCCUUCAUUCCGGAAGGAGUAGAGGGAGGUCCAGAAGCAGCAGAUUUUUCUGAUAUUUUGCACAUCACUGAGGAAUCCAAACCUAGCGCUCCUGGCUCUGCGGCCACGUUUACUGCAAGUCCCAGUCGAGGUGUUCUGCUGAAAGAAGCCUUUGCAGACCUGCCCUCUAUCCGAGGGUGCUUCCUGACGCAUUUCUCCCACAUGGAGCAAGCACUCCGACAUUCCAAGUUCAUCUAUCAGGAGAGGACUUGUUUUAUCCAAUCGGCCAUGCUCGCUGAAGCCAGAGCUCCCAUAUUGCCUUCUGAUUGGUCAUUCCUACCACUAAUCAAUCUCUACAAUAAAGUUGCAAAUGCGGAGACACGAGGACUAGUCGUGAACACGCUUCCACCUGACCUUGUGACCACAAUCACCCGGAAUUUGCAAUGGAUCCUUCUUUUAGAGACCUGGCGACCUGGGAUCUUGCAGAGUAUCCCCACUGCAGCCAAACUGGCCCGUGUGACUUGUGUCUUUCUGACGGGUGGAGACCUCUUUCUGGAAGCGCCGGUUCACUCAUACACCGCCGCCCUGCUGGCACAUUAUUGCCAGCCCAAAUGCCUCGAGUCGAUGGUACUUGAUGUGCCUCUAGCUGGGAUCACCUCAUUUUAUGAUUUCUACAUGAACCUUUUGGAGCAGUUUGAGGGAGUCUCAUUUGGGGACUCUUUGUUUGGGACAUUUGUGCUUCUUCCUCUGCAGAGACGGUUUGAUGUCCAGCUAAAGAAGGCUCUUUUUGGAGAACAUGUCAGCUGUUUGAGGUCGCUCUCUGUCUCCUUGAAAGAGUUCCAAAUUCCCCUCAACCUGUACACCUCCCCUCCUGAGAGUGACUUGGAUCUUCUGCGAAUAUAUUUCCGGACCUUGGUGACUGGUGCCCUCCGCCAGAACUGGUGCCCUGUGCUUUACGUGGUAGCCGUGGCUCAUGUGAAUAGCUUCUUCUUUUCACAAGACCGUGUGAUGCAGGAGGUCGAUGCUUUCCGGAAAAGCUUGCUCAGGAAGACUUACCUGCUUGUUGAUGAGGUUUUGAAGCACCAUCUCCUGUUCUAUAAACAGCCUUCCAGUGACGGUCCUCUGGGCUUCAUUCUGUAUGAUCAACUUCCGUCUAUUAGACAGAAAUAUCUGGAAACUGUGAUGGAGACUCUCUGUAAGCCGCAAGAGUCCAACCUGGUCUGAUCUCCAAUCACAUCAAUGUGGAUCUCUGGCAGUUCUAAAACCAAAUCAAACAGAUAGUGGGAUUCCGUGUGGGAAUUAAACAUGCAGUGUUCCCCAUCAAAGCUGGGAUCUUGUAGGAGCGCUGCAUAGCUACAGAUAGUUAAUAUCUCGUUAAUUAACGAAUGAGUCAAUAAACAGAAUUAUUCACUCGCAAUCAGUGAUUGUCUCAAUAGGUUGAGAAACCAAUGCAUUGUGCGGGCAAUGUUUCAUGUCUCAGCCCAUGUUGGCAUCGCCACCAGGCAUGGGCAGAGGGGUUUGUUUUACAAUCGUUCAGGCGAGAGCAGUGUAACGUCCAAACGAAUGUAAAACAAAUGUGCGAACAGGAGCCAAACAUGUGUCUGCACGUUUAUCAAAUAAUUGUCGUCUCCUGCUGUAAUAUACGGCUCCGGCGCAGCUCGGGACAUUUAACACAUGGAGGCACGAAUAAAACCGUAGAAAUCCCACUUCAACAAUGUAAAUACAUUUAGAAGAAAAAAUAAAUAAACAAAAUGUGUUUUUCUGUAUUUUUCUUUUUUAUAACAACAUGGAAAUGAAUUGCAAAGGAACCAUUAUUAUAUGUAAAUUUUAUAUAAAAUGGAAUAAAAUAUUGUGAAGCUUUGCAACUCAGAUA